AACGUAACUAACAGUGUUAAGAAACAAAAAAAAUUACAAUCAGCAAAAUCAUCACAGUCACAACUCACAACACAAACAAGUCUCAAAUCGCCGCCGUGCCUGAUUCUCUCAUCAUUUCAGUACCAAAUUUCCCUUCCAACCCUAAUUUUCAUAUUCAGAGACAUUCGCUAGUCACAUUGAAGCUUCUUCUUCUUCUUUUUCACUUCCAACUCUUCCGCUAUGGCUUCAACACACAUCAGAGACAUUCUUACCGCUUUCAAUCCUUCUCUCGACUUCUUCGCCAUUACCACCGGUGACGGUCGCAUUAAGAUAUGGGAUACACUCAAGGGACAGAUUCAAACCGAGUUUGCAGAUUUUACUUCAACUCAUCAAACUAAUAUAUUUGAUAAACAAGGACACCUUUCUGUUGAUUAUACUUGUAUCAAGUGGUUAUCUUUUCAAACUAAGAGGAAAAGGAAACAUUCAUCUUCUUUGUUGGUGCUUGGAACUGGUAGUGGUGAUGUUUUAGCACUUGAUGUUUCUGCUGGUCAAUUGUCUUGGAAAAUUAAUGAUUGUCAUCCCGGAGGUGUUCGAGCCAUUUCGUCUUUGGCAAAUGGAUCAAACUUUUACACUGCAGGUUCAGAUGGAAUGAUAUGCAUGAUAGAUUUCACAACAGGAAAUUUGCAGAAGAAAUUUAAAGCCUCUUCGAAGGCAAUAUCUUGCAUAUCAGUUUCUCCGGAUGGGAAGAAGGUAGCUACUGCAUCAGCACAAUUGAAGAUUUUUAACUGUUCUAAUGAAAAAAAGAUUCAAAAAUUCUCUGGUCAUCCUGGAUCUGUCCGGUGUAUGGUCUUCACUGAAGAUGGCAAGCAUAUCCUCUCAUCUUCUGCUGGGGAAAGAAACAUUGCUGUUUGGAAAUUAGAUGGUGCUAAAAAGCAGUCAGCUAGUUGUGUUCUUGCAAUGGAGCACCCUGCUGUCUUUCUUGAUAGCAGGUGCAUCGAUAAUGGAGAAGAUGAUGAGGCUGGCAUAUGCGUUUUGGCCAUAUCAGAAAUUGGUCUUUGUUACAUUUGGUUUGGAAAUAGUAUUGAUGAACUACGAACUGCAAAACCCACGAAAAUAUCAUUAUCUUUGGAUGCCAUCUCCACCAAAAAUUACAAGGGUGCACUUCCGGCAAUAUAUGCUGCAAAAUUACAAAGCACCCAGAAGCCAUCCUCUGGGAAGGUUUUUCUUGUUUAUGGGAUGCUUGUAAAACCAUCAUUUCAAAAUGUUUUAGUGCAUUCCGGUACAGAUGUAAAGUUGAGUGUCUCCCGUGACGGUGUUCUUCUUCCAACGAGUCAAUCUCUUGUCAAAUCUAAGAAGAGGACGGAUGUUCAUAGAGUAAAUGCACUAGACCGUGCUAAUGCUGAGGAUGCCUUGCUUCCCAUUCCUAAAGUUUUUGAUUCUCAUGAGAAAGAGGAAGCAUUUCAAAACUCUUUGGGCAAGGAUGUAAUGGAUGAUUUGCUUAUAAGUGGUUCAGCUGAUUCUAUGGAGAUAGAUGAUGGGAUUGCCCAAAGUGAGACUGAUGUAAUUAGCAUGGAGGACCGGAUGAGAUCACGAGGAUUGCUUUACAAUGAAAGUGAUUAUGCAUCAAACUUUGAACUUUGUUCGAAAUUGUUAAAGGGUAUUGAUCUGGAAGCUACUCUUCCAAAGAAAAAGGUAAGAGCAGCCGUUUUGUCUAUGGAACCAAGCGAAGCAUUCAAGCUACUGGAAGUGUUGCUGGCUAUAUGGCAAUCAAGGUCGUCUAGCAGAGAGUGUGUGCUUCCAUGGAUGUAUAACAUAUUAGUUAUUCAUGGUCAUGAUGCUGCUGAAGAAUCCGUUACACAUAUGCUUGAUAUGGUGUACAAGAUUACAAAUUCUAGAGGGGCAACUCUUCAGUCUUUGUUGCAAUUAUCAGGUCGUCUACAACUGGUUACAUCACAGAUUGAUAAGGCUUCUCAGAGAAUAAGCCAUUCAGUGGAUGAUCUUGAAACAGACGAAAGUGAAGACGAGGAUGAAUUUUAUCACGAGGAUAAAGAUGAUGCAUCUGAAAUAAGUACUGACGAUGAAAACUAGUCUUCCUUUUAAUGAAAGAUCACGAGUUCCCAGUUGUCCUGUUUGCGGCUGACAAAGAUUUGGAGGAAUAGAGAAGAGAUACUGGAUUCCAACCAGCUUUUUGUUCACAAUUUUGUUUACUUUCUCAAAGAAAUUUUGCUGUUAUUUGUAUGUUACAAAUGGUGAUCCCUAGUCCCUAGAUUAUGUAAUUUGAGAUUUUUACUGAUUAAUAGAAAUGCAUGAUUAUAAUGUGUAUUGCUAUAUGUAUGAAAAGAAUUUCAGAAAA